AACGUUGAAAACAGUGUGUCUCUCUCUCUUUCUCUUUCUUCAAAGUUCAAAGCAUAUUAAGCUGACCAAACCAAAGACCAUUCUUCUGUCUCAAUUGCUGGCAUUAUCAUCAUCUUAUUUUGCAAGCCAUUCCCUUGCAUCAAAAGUUUCAAAAUUUCCAAUCUGAACAUUCUAAAGACCCUUUCUUUUUAUUUUAUUAUUAUUUUUAUCCCUUUUUCUACUUCGUUACGAUUAGAAUUUCAGAUCUUUGCAUUUUCUGCUUAUAAUUCCGAGGCUGGUUUAUUGCUAGCACCGUCAACAUCCUCUCAUGGCCCGUCGCUACGACAGUAACCCCUUCGAUGAAGAAGAAGUAAAUCCCUUCUCUGAUCCAGCUGUAAGGGGAAAACAAUCAAGCCAAUCAAAUUACAGCGGGGGUGCAUUUUACACUACAAAUCCUGGAAGUGUUGCCCCUGCCACCAACUCAAGGCUAGCACCUCUUAAUCCUGAACCUGCUGAUUAUAACUAUUUUGGUGCGACAGUUGAUAUACCUCUUGAUCCAUCAACGGAUUUGAAAAAGAAGGAAAAGGAACUCCAAGCCAAGGAGGCUGAAUUGAGAAGAAGGGAACAGGAAGUCAGGCGGAAAGAAGAAGCUGCAGCACGAGCUGGUAUUGUUCUUGAGGAGAAGAAUUGGCCACCAUUUUUUCCAAUUAUCCAUCAUGAUAUCGCUAAUGAAAUUCCAAUUCAUCUUCAAAGACUGCAAUAUGUUGCAUUUACUUCACUGUUAGGAUUAGUGUUAUGCCUCACAUGGAAUACUGUAUCUGUCACUGCAGCUUGGAUUAAGGGAGAAGGUGUGAAAAUAUGGUUUCUUUCUAUUAUCUACUUCAUAGCAGGGGUUCCUGGAGCAUAUGUCCUGUGGUAUCGCCCAUUAUAUCGUGCUUUUAGGACUGAUAGCGCUUUCAAGUUUGGAUGGUUUUUCUUGUUUUACCUGCUUCACCUAGGGUUCUGUAUCUUAGCUGCAGUCGCUCCUCCCAUAGUUUUCAAAGGAAAAUCCCUGACAGGCAUUCUUGCAGCCAUAGAUGUGGUGGGCGACCAUGCUGUAGUUGGGAUUUUCUACUUUAUUGGAUUUGGAUUAUUCUGCCUGGAAACUUUGGUCAGCAUAUGGGUUAUUCAGCAAGUAUAUAUGUACUUCCGCGGCAGUGGUAAGGCGGCAGAGAUGAAGCGUGAGGCUGCAAGAAGUGCAAUGAGGGCUGCAAUAUGAUAAAUCACCUUGAAGAUGAGCAGUAUGGAUACGCUAUGUUUGGAUUGCUUUUGUAAAUUACUAGCCACAGAAAUUGCAGAUAAAAAUAUUUUACUGAGGUGAUUUUUGUUUUUUGUUGUUUCUCUUUUGUCUGAAACAGACUACUGGUUCAUGUGGUUUUUUUAUGUAUACUAUAAGCAGAAAGCGUAGUCAUUCAGUGGUUGGUAGAAACGUGCUACAAUUUAUUGAGUUGAUCCUCUAUAUAUAGUUUUGGUUCUGUCUUCUUAUUC